AUGCAAAUUGUACCCCCCAGAUUCCCGCCACCAACUGAACUAUCAGUAGAUGCCCCUCGUCUUUUCACAUCUACAAACAGAGAUCACCAAGAUGUCUCGUCAUCCUCGAUGCCUACAGAGAUUGUAUACCAAAUUCUCACCUACCAGUUCAAUGAUUUCAUGAAUAAUGACCAUCCAGGGACUUCUGAAAAGUUUAACGAGAAUUUAAGAAUAUUUCUAAGAAGUAACCUCACCGUGAACAAAGCCUUCUAUCACAUUUGCAAAGUGCUAAUCUACAAAUACUGCAAUUUUACCACAGCCAAACGAUUCCAUCAUCUUUUAAAAACCAUCGAGACUCACAAGGAGGUGAGAAACAUCAUUCAAGUGGCUGAUUUUGAAGAAUUGACCUCCAUUGGGUUGGGUAGAACAGGUGAGAUGAAUAAGAUGAUUAAAAAUUUAACUAAUGAAACCCUUUUGAAAUUCUUGCAAUUGACAAGGGCAAAUUUAAGAGAGUUCCUGGCAUGUGAACAGAUUCAAGAUGAUUUGGAUGACAAGAUUAUAUAUUUCCUUCUUAAACCGGGGAAAAAUUUAAGUGUCCUAGACUUCUGUGGAUGCUCUGGUCCAUCCUUCACGACAAGUCUUAUCGAUGCUCUGGAACGAUUAUAUCCACGGGCGGAGAAUAGCAAUGAAGAAGAAGAUAGAGAAGAGGGAGAAGAAGUAGAUCCAAAUCAAAUACAACCAUUAGAAUUUAAUUAUCAAAUUACAUGUCUUGGAUUGAAUGAUUGUACAGAUUUACCCUCUUUUGUCGUUGGAAGAGUAUUACAGAUGUUACCAGAAUUACAAAAAUUAGAUUUAUCCCAUACUUCCAUUGAUGAUGAAGUGUUAUUGCAUAAAAUACCACAUUUGAAAAACCUUACUCAUUUUUCCCUCGCCUCAUGUCUUCAAUUAUCACCAAGAUCAAUAUUGGAAUUUUUUAGUAAUCAUCCAUGUGUCACUGAUGAAAACAAUUCCACCACUUUAGAAUGGUUGAAUUUAAAUUGCAUCUCGAAUCAUUCCACUGUUUGGAAUGACGUACAUACAAUGUUCCUCUUAAAGAAAUUAUGUCAACAUGGUCAUAAUAAGACAUUACAGUAUUUAAAUAUUGGUGGAUUACCAUUACAUCAGGCAUCAUUUAUCAAAUCAUUCAAAAGCAAAGUAAAUGUACAAAAAUAUUACCCAUGUCAAGAUACAUUACAAUUUAUAAAGAUAAAUUUCCCACAUUUGAAAAGUUUAAGCAUUAGAGGUAAUAACGUUUCCAUUUCAAAAUUAGUAGAAUUCCUUUCCCCCAAUGAAUAUGAAGAAGUAAGUGAAGUGACAGGAUUGGAAGAACAACAUUUGAAAUUCUUAAAUAUCUCAAAUAAUCCACAAAUAAACAAAUGGACCAUCCAGGAUCCAACUUUAUUUACAUGUUCCUCAUCACUAAUGGCAUACGAAAUCUCAUUUGAUGCAUGGCAACAAAUUGAAAAAUCAAAUCCGAAUCAUGAAAUUAUAGCAAUGAAAUAUCAUACAGAUUUCAAUUCUCGUUCUUCCAUGUUGAGAGAUUCUCAAAAAGCUGAACCAGUGAAAUGGCAAUGUUAUAUCGAUUCGUCCUAUGGAAGAAGGUAUUGGAUUUACAAGACUGACAAAUAUUUAAACCGUGCCGAUUUAUUCCAAAUGUCAAAUAUGAUUAAAUAUGACUCUGAUGGACACAAGAUUAUUGAAAUUGUUAAACAACCAGAUUUUUUGAAAUUUGCACAGGCAAAGAUUAUGUUAGGUUGCGGUAUCGUUUCACAAAGCAAUAUUAGAAGAAACUUGUCAUAUCGAGACUUUAAACCUCCUAUAUCACAAUUCUUGACUAGAAAUGGUGGAAUAACUUUUGGAGAUACACCACAACCAAUUAUCACUCCAAGACUACCACCUGGUGGGUGGAGGAUUAUUCAUGAUGAUAGCGAAGAUAUAGAGUAUGAAAGCGACGCACGUACAAUAACUCCACAAAUCUCAAAUACACUGCAUUCCAUUAACGAAGAAAGUACAGCUACUAUUCCCUCGGGAAAUGAUGAUACUAUAAUUGUAGAAAAUGAAGCAGAAGAUGAUAUCGAUGUCGAUUUAAGAAAUGGGUUGUAUUGGGAUAGAUCCAUUCAAAAUUUACAAUCUCUGUCCAUCCAGGGACCACCUCAGGAAAAUGAUGAUGAAUAUCUGAACAACCCGGAACUGCAAAGAAGAAGAUCACAAUUAAGUCUGUUAAGGUCCCGUUCCAUGACAAAUUCCCGCUCCAAAUUAUGGCCGCCACCACAUAACAACAGUGAAAAUAAUAUUUUGGGCAUUAUGAGACCACCACUUUCUAAUACAUCUUCUACUGUGAGUAUCAUGACAAAGAAGUUGAAGAGACAGCAGAAAUUGAAAACAGAUUAUUAUUACGAUCAUCCAGAAGAAUACAUCUACAACAGGAACGAUCCGGUGAUGACAGAAAGAUACAGAAUCCAUUUCGAGCUAGUGAAUGAAUUUAAAGUCUUUGGGAACAUUGAGCGUGGAAUGUAUAGAUAUUACAGCUUGAAGACAUAG